UGGUGGGGCUCUCUUCUCCCAAAUGCACCGUGAGCUUUGGACGCUUACUGGGCUUGGGGUCUUGUUGUAGAGAUGAAGCUGCUCUUGGCCCUCGCUGGGCUCCUGGCCAUUCUGGCCCUGUCCGGGCCCUCUGAGGGUGCUGCUCCAGCUGUCCUGGGGGAGGUGGAGACCUCCGUGGUUGUGACCUGCAUGGAGGAGGCGAAGCGGCUAGUGGACAAGGCCUACAAGGAGCGACGGGAAAGCAUCAAGCAGCGGCUUCGCAGUGGUUUGGUCAGCCCCAUGGAACUCCUGUCCUACUUCAAGCAGCCCGUGGCGGCCACCAGGACAGCUGUGAGGGCUGCUGACUAUCUGCACGUGGCCCUCAGCCUGCUGGAGGGGAAGCUGCGGCCCUUGUGGUCAAGGCCCUUCAAUGUCACUGACGUGCUGACGCCCGCCCAGCUGAAUCUGCUGUCCAAGUCCAGCGGCUGCGCCUACCAGGACGUGGGGGUGACGUGCCCCAGUGGGGACAAGUACCGCACCAUCACGGGGAUGUGCAACAACAGGCGCCGCCCCACGCUGGGCGCCUCCAACCGCGCCUUUGCGCGCUGGCUGCCGGCGGAGUACGAGGACGGCGUCUCGCUGCCCUACGGCUGGACGCCCGGGGUCAAGCGCGGCGGCUUCCGGGUGCCCCUGGCUCGCGCCGUCUCCAACGCCAUCGUGCGCUUCCCCACGGAGCAGCUGACCCCGGACCAAGAUCGUUCGCUCCUGUUCAUGCAGUGGGGCCAGCUGAUUGAUCACGACCUCGACUUCACCCCUGAGCCGGCCGUGCGGGUCGCCUUCGUCAGUGGCCACAACUGCGAGAUCAGCUGCGUGCAGCAGCCACCCUGCUUUCCGCUCAAGAUCCCACCCAAUGACCCGCGAAUCAAGAACCAAAGGGACUGCAUCCCCUUCUUCCGCUCCUGCCCCGCCUGCAUGAGCAACAACAUCACCAUCCUCAACCAGAUCAACGCCCUCACCGCCUUCCUGGACGCCAGCAUGGUGUACGGCAGCGAGGACGAGCUGGCCAGGAAACUUCGCAACACGACCAACCAGCUGGGGCUGAUGAAGGUCAAUGACCGCUUCACAGACAACGGCCGGGCCCUGCUGCCCUUCGACAACCUGACCCAUGACCCCUGCCUCCUCACCAACCGCUCAGCGCGCAUCUGGUGCUUCCUGGCAGGGGACACCCGCUCCAGUGAGAUGCCCGAGCUCACCUCCAUGCACACGCUCUUUCUGCGGGAGCACAACCGGCUGGCCACAGAGCUCAAGCGCCUGAAUCCCCGCUGGGGUGGAGAGAGGCUCUACCAGGAGGCCCGGAAGAUUGUGGGAGCCAUGAUCCAGAUCAUCACUUACCGGGACUACCUGCCCCUGGUGCUGGGUCCAGAGGCCAUGAGGAAGUACCUGCCCAGGUACCGCUCCUACAAUGACUCGGUGGACCCUCGGAUCUCGAACGUCUUCACCAACGCCUUCCGCUUUGGCCACACCCUCAUCCAACCUUUCAUGUUCCGCCUGGACAGCCAGUACAGGCCCACGGGGCCCAACCCCCGUGUUCCACUCAGCCAGGUCUUUUUUGCCUCCUGGAGGGUUGUGCUGGAAGGUGGCAUCGACCCCAUCCUCCGGGGCCUCAUGGCCACCCCUGCCAAGCUGAAUCGCCAGAACCAGAUUGUGGUGGAUGAGAUCCGGGAGCGGCUGUUUGAGCAGGUCAUGAGGAUCGGGCUGGACCUGCCGGCUCUAAACAUGCAGCGCAGCCGGGACCACGGCCUCCCAGGGUACAAUGCUUGGAGGCGCUUCUGUGGGCUGCCUCAGCCCCAAACAGUGGGCGAGCUGGCCACCGUGCUGAAGAACAUGGACCUGGCGAGGAAGCUGAUGGCGCAGUACGGCACACCCAACAACAUUGACAUCUGGAUGGGCGGCGUGGCCGAGCCCCUGAAUGGAAAGGGCCGCGUGGGCCCGCUCCUCGCCUGCCUCAUCGGGACCCAGUUCAGGCAGCUCCGUGAUGGCGAUCGGUUUUGGUGGCAGAACAGGGGCGUAUUCAGCACGCGGCAGCAGCAGGCCCUGGCCAGUGUCACCUUGCCUCGCAUCAUCUGCGACAACACAGGCAUCACCACCGUGUCCAAGAACAACAUAUUCAUGUCCAACAAGUUCCCUCGGGACUUUGUCAGCUGCAGUCGAGUCCCCAAGUUGGACCUGGCUUCCUGGAGGGAGAGGGACUAGAGGCUGGGAGCUGCCUGGAGAGGAACUGGGGCACGUUGGCUCUUUUGUACCGUUUGUUUGUACCUGACAUUUAUGAUAAUAAAGUAGCACUGAUGGGGAUCUUUA